CGGCAACGGAGGCAGAGCUUGGCGGAGGCGAAAGGGCAGCGGUGAAUGAGAUAAUGAUGAGUUGGACUUCAACUUGGUGACUGGGUUCAAAAUAAUUCAAAGUUCAAAAUGUUCACAGCCUAAGACUGGAAGAAUUUGACUAUCAUCAGGAACGUUAUGGUAGAUUAUACCCAGCCCCCAGUGCCUGAGUGUAAACAGGUUGACAAGCCUGAUUACAAAAAGCUUCAGUACUUACCAAAAGGAUAUUCCAGUAAAGGGUUCCAACCAUCCAUGGUGACCUCAACGAUACCAUCCAAGUAUCAAACUGUGAUGUAUGAAAUCCCUGAGAAAAAAGGGUUUGGUUCUCGGGCAAGAAGGUUUGAUGACAAUUUAAAUCAGAGUGAAAACCCGGGGCCAGGUACAUACGAUUGCAUGCAUGCGCCGCUUGAAACCUUCAGCACCUCCUUCUCCAAAAGAGGAACGGGUGGGCUUGCAUCCAAAGUACCCCGUGAGCAACGGAAGAGAAUUAUUCAUACCCCAGCAGCAAAUGCAUACAACAUUCCUUCCACAAUCCUGACAAAGGCAGACUACCACUUUGGGAACAGCAGCAUGUUCCAGCCACCUAUUGCUAUGAAGUUGGACAAAGACAAAGACAGGACACCAGCUCCUAAUGAAUACAAUAUUUCCGAGGUAUUUCUUGGGAAAGCAAACAAUGUCUCGGCUGAAUCAGCAUUUUUAUCGAGAACCAAGAGGGGGGCAUUUCCACAAGAGUCUCUGCAUGGACCCUCCCCGUGCCAUUACAGGAUCAGCCACUCCUUGACCAAAGAGUCGCCAAAGGCAAUGGUUUCUGCUUUCAAAUCCACGACUGUGCGCCUGAAGUAUCCAACUGACUCAACAAGCCCAGGACCAGCAGCCUAUCAACCUUACAAUUCAAUGGCGGAAGACAGGAUUCAAUCCACACUUUUGCAUCCUUGGAAGAAGCAUUACAUGUGCAUUUCGGCUCCUCCAUUCCCAGUCCGCAGAAACCCAACACCUCCAGGACCCGGCUAUUAUGAUGUGGUCAAUUUUCAUGAUCCACCAAAGCGCUAUAUGACCAGUGCCGUGUUUGUGUCCAACACCAGUCGUUGGACUGGAAAUGUCCAUGUCAAAGAUGGUCCAGGACCAGCCUCGUAUCUGCCAAAGCAAAAAGAAAAACAGUCAUUCCUGUACAAUCUUAAUCGGAAGUGGGUGCCAUCGUAGACGUUGAUGGAAGAACAAGCCUGGAGCCUGUGCUCAGAUGGGAAUGGUGUUCACUGAAUUUACCUUGCACAAUGGAUAUGCACUGUGUUUGAUAAACUACGUAGCUUCGUAGAACAAAAAAAACUGAUCAUAAUCAAAUGUUGAAGAUUAUUUAUGAUUUUUGGGUUGGAAGCUGCUUCACCUGUAUCAAGGAGUAACUUUAUUCACCAUAUACAUUUACAUGUAUUAGGAAUUUGCUGUGAUGUCUUCGCACGGCAUACAAUGAAAGAAAAACAACAUUCAACAGUUAUAAAAAAUAAAGAAUUAUAUACAAAUAAUACU